CGCAUUUCCUGCCUCCCCGGGCCAGGCUGGAUGAGCCGGGAGCUCCCCACCGCUGCCGGUCAUACCCCAGCUUCCAGCCGCAUCCCCAGGCCGGGACUCCUGCCGCAGCUGCCGUCCGCAGGAGCCCAGCACCCCCUCCCCGCUCAUCCUUCGGCCAGCGACCCCCGGCCCGGCCCUGCGCCCCCGUGCCCACUUCUCCUGACCUCUCGGCCGCCACCUCAGAAGGCUGGAGCAGGGACGCCGUCGCUCCGGCUGCCUGUUCCCCUUGGGUCCCCGCUCGCGCCCACGCCGGCCCCCACGCCCGCCCGCAGCCCUGCCCCUGGACACCGGAUAAGGCCCAGCGCACAGACCCCCUGGUGGACAGCAUGGACCGCCGCACGCUUCCCCUGGUCGUUGCCCUACUGCUGGCCGUCUGCAGCCCCAGGCCCACAAGUCUUGCAGAAACAGUCCAUUGUGACCUACAGCCUGUGGACGCCGAGGUGACAUAUAUUACGAGUCAAGUUUCUAAGGGCUGCGUGGCUCAGGUCCCCAAUGCCACCCUUGAAGUUCACAUUCUCUUCCUGGAAUCCUCAAGGGAGGUGUCAGAGCUGGAGCUGACUAUCCAGAAGUCCAAGCAAAAUGACAGUCGGCCCCGAGAGGUGCUUCUGGUCCUCAGUGCGAACAAGAACAUGCUCCUGCGGUUACAGGCCCCAGGAAUCCCACUCAACCUGGCCUUCAACCCCAAACUGAUCUUCCAAGGGCACCCAGGAGUCAACACGACACAGCUGCCACCCUUCACCACCCAGAAGCAGUUCCUCGACUGGGCAGAAGCGAAGGGCCCCAUUGCAUCUAUUGCUGAGCUGAACGACCCUCAAAGCAUCCUCCUCCGUCUGGACCAAGCCCAGAGGGUACCAUCCUCCUGCAAUCUGGAACCCCUCACGGACAUGGGCCACACUCUCGAAUGGAGCCCGCUCACUCGCGCCUCUGUCCGGGGCUGCCGUUUGGAAGGUGUGCCUGGCCACAAGGAAGCGCACAUCGUGAGGGUCCUGCCGGGCACCGAAGCCGGGCCCCGGACAGUGACCGUCAAGGUGGAGCUGCGUUGUGCUUCAGGGGAUCCCGACGCUGUGCUUAUCCUGCAAGGUCCAUCCUACGUGUCCUGGCUCAUCGACGCCAACCACAACAUGCAGAUCUGGACCACUGGUGAAUACUCCUUCAAGAUAUUUCCAGAGAAGAACAUCCGUGGCUUUGUGCUCCCGGAUACACCCCAAGGCCUGCUGGGGGAGGCCCGGAGACUCAACGCCAGCAUGGUAGCAUCCUUUGUGGAGCUCCCUCUGGCCAGUGUCGUCUCACUGCAGGCCCACAGCUGCGGUGGUGGGCCGCAGACUUCUCCCCCACCCGUCCGGACCACCCCUCCCAAGGAAAGCUGCAACCAGGAGCUGCUCCUGUCCCUGAUCCAGCCCAACUGCUCCAAAGAUGUCAUGACUGUGGUGCUCAAGAAAGAUCUCAUCUCGACUCUGAGGUGCACCAUCACAAGCCUGACCUUCUCGGACCCCAGCUGCCAGGCUGAGGACAGAGAUGACCAGUUUGUCUUGCGCAGCACCUACUCCAACUGUGGCAUGAAAGUGACAGAAAAUGUGGUCAGGAAUGAGGUGGUCGUCAACCUCUUGUCAAGCUCAUCAUCACAGUGGAAGAAGGUGCACUGCAUCAACAUGGAGAGCCUCUCCUUCCAGCUGGGCCUGUACCUCAGCCCACACUUCCUCCAGGUCUCCCACACCAUCGAGCUGGGGCAACAGGGCUUUGUGCAGGUGAGCAUGUCCCCAUCAAUCCCGGAGCUCAUGCUCCAGCUGGACAGCUGCCACCUGGAUCUGGGGCCUGACACGGACACCGUGGAACUCAUCCAGAGCCAGACCACCAAGGGCAGCUGUGUAAGCCUGCUGUCCCCAGGCCCUGGUGGGGAUGUGCGCUUCAGCUUCCUCCUCCGAGGCUACAUGGUGCCCACACCCACGACUGGCACCCUCAGCUGCACCAUAGCCUUGCGUUCGAGGAGUUUGUCCCCGGACACCCACAGGACUGUCUCCACGCGUCUGAACAUCGUCAGCCCUGGCCUGCCUGACAAAGGCCUUGUCCUGCCCGCCGUGCUGGGCAUCACCUUUGGCGCCUUCCUCAUUGGGGCCCUGCUCACCGCCGCACUCUGGUACAUCUACUCGCACACGCCAUGGCGUAGCACCCGGCCCGGAGACCUGGGGGCCCCCCAGCCAGCGCUCGCCCAGCAGGAGAGACUGAGCAGCCACCAGCUGGGAACCACUGGCCAUGAACUUAUCCCGGGACCCCAACCCCUCCACUCGACCAAGGAUGGACCAUGCCCUCUGCGCCCACCCCUCCUGCCUCCCUCUCAGAGGCCUGCUGCCAGCGGAGGCACCAGCUUGGAACACCUUGGGGUCCCCCCACCCCACCCCACUGAACCUUCAAACCCAGUGGGCCCGGACUACAGCUGCCCAGGACCAUGGAGAGAGAGACCACUGCCCUAUAAGUCCACACUGUUGUAGAAACCGAGUCCCUGUAGUUUUCACCUGGAUCCAGCACCUGGUGACCUGGGCUAGGUGGGAGGGAAGAACUCAAAACAGACUCACCCAGGCCUCCUGCACAGAAACAGAAGAGGGCCAGCCCAGAGCCACCUGGAUCUGCUCCCAGCGGCCUCCACACCUGGCCUGGCACUACUCUGGCAAGGGAAACAGAAGCCUAGGGGUGCCCAACCUAGGCAGAGGGGAACCUAGCUCCUCCCGCAACUGUCACAUGGAGACCCCCCCCCCCCCCCGCCACACACACACACACACCCCCCGAGGCAGGCAUCUAAUGGGAAGUGGCCCUACUGUCUGGCCUCGACCCACCCCUAUAUACUCACCACCAAUAAAUUAGACCAUGAAAUCCAGGCUGGGCUGGGCAGGGACAAGGGGCAGGAAGCCUAAAAUGGGUGGGGAAGUGACAGCUCUGGGGUCAAAUCCUGAAUCUGCCACUGAAUUGGCUAUGUGACUGUGGCCAGGUUCCGUGGUUUGUUUGAGCCAGCCACAGUUCCCUCAUCUGUCACAAGGUCUCUGGGGGAAGGUCUGCAAAUCCGUGUCUGGCCUGUGGCCAACGGACCUGAGUCCAGUGUUCUGGCUGCAGACAGACCCCUGGAGGCUCAGGGGCCGGGGGGGGUG